AUGUCCUCCUCAGGAAAAGCUGCUGCUCCUGCCUCCUGCCUCUCCCCCCAGUGCUUUGACCUGCUGACCAAGUCCUGCGUCAAGUGCUCCGAAUUGUUCAAGAAAAGCACAACAGAGCCCUCCAGCACGGUGCCCACCUCCACCCUGGCACCAACACCCCCCUCAGUGGACCUGCCCAGCACCGUCCUGAUCUUCGGGAUCCCCGCAGUGGUGGGUGUCAUCCUGGCUGUAGCUGUCCUUUGGGGCUUCCUGGCCUGCAAGGUGGGCAGGCAGCGGAGGAAGAGGAAGGCGGCGGAUGAGGAGGCCGAAGCAAAUGUGGAUGCUGCUCUUCCCCUGCCCUGCCUGGGUUGCAAGGACCCUGCUGCACUGGAGGGAGAUGCUGCCUUGGCCUCAGCCCCAUGCCCAAACAUCAACGGAGGCCAGAAGACACCAGGGCAGCCCAGGAAAGCUGGAGCAAAGCGGAGGCCGUGCUGUCAGGGUGAUGCUGACGGUGACAUUGUCCUGCUCACCACUGCAUACCCCCGGCAUGAGGAGUGCAGCCACUGCUUCCCACUGCCUGCCACUGAGCUGGGGGCCACGGCCCUGGUCACCACCAAAACCACCCAGAACUGUGCCAUCGAGGAGAGAGCCUGA